AUGCCGUCAAUGGGCAUGUGUGUUACACCCAAGGAGACACCGGCAGAGCCAGAAGCAGGUGGGCACGUGCUCUUCUACCUGGAGGGGCACACGGGCAUUGUCUGUGGGCUGAAGUGCUCACAGGUGGACAUCGAGCUGCUGGAUCCCCGUGGCCGGACACCCCUGCACCUGGCCACCACCCUGGGCCACCUCGAGUGUGCCCGUGUGCUCCUGGCGCACGGUGCAGAUGUGGGCAGGGAGAAUCGCAGCGGCUGGACAGUGCUUCAGGAGGCUGUGAGCACCCGGGACUUAGAGCUGGUGCAGCUGGUGCUGCGAUACCGGGACUACCAGCGUGUGGUAAAGCGGCUGGCAGGCAUCCCCGUGCUCCUGGAGAAACUGCGCAAGGCCCAGGACUUCUACGUGGAGAUGAAAUGGGAGUUCACUAGCUGGGUACCCCUGGUGUCCAAGAUCUGCCCUAGUGACACCUACAAAGUGUGGAAGAGCGGGCAGAACCUGCGGGUAGACACCACGCUCCUGGGCUUUGACCACAUGACGUGGCAGCGAGGGAACCGCAGCUUCGUCUUCAGGGGCCAAGACACAAGUGCCAUUGUCAUGGAGAUUGACCACGACCGCCGAGUGGUGUACACAGAGACCCUGGCGCUGGCCGGGCAGGACCGAGAGCUGCUGCUAGCUGCUGCCCAGCCCACUGAGGAGCAGGUGCUGAGCAGACUCACCGCGCCCGUGGUCACCACACAGCUGGACACCAAGAACAUCUCCUUUGAGAGGAAUAAGACCGGCAUCCUGGGCUGGCGCAGUGAAAAGACUGAGAUGGUGAAUGGGUAUGAAGCCAAGGUUUAUGGGGCAUCCAACGUGGAGCUCAUCACCCGGACACGGACAGAGCACCUUUCGGAUCAGCACAAGGGCAAGGUCAAAGGUUGUAAGACACCUCUGCAGUCCUUCCUCGGAAUUGCUGAGCAGCAUGGGACCCCUCAAAAUGGGACCCUGGUCACUCAGACCCUGAGCCAAGCCAACCCCACCGCCAUCACCGCAGAAGAAUACUUCAACCCCAGCCUUGAGCUCGGCAGCCGUGACAUGGGCCGCCCCAUGGAACUGACCACCAAGACACAGAAGUUCAAGGCCAAGCUGUGGCUGUGUGAGGAGCACCCCCUGUCCCUGUGUGAGCAGGUGGCUCCCAUCAUUGACCUCAUGGCCGUCAGCAAUGCCCUUUUUGCCAAACUCCGGGACUUCAUCACCCUGCGCCUGCCUCCUGGCUUCCCGGUCAAGAUUGAAAUCCCCAUCUUCCACAUCCUCAAUGCCCGCAUCACCUUUGGGAACCUCAAUGGCUGUGAUGAGCCGGUGCCCUCCGUGCGAGGCAGCCCGAGCAGCGAGACCCCUUCUCCCGGCAGCGACUCCUCUAGUGUCAGCAGCUCCAGUUCCAUGACCUCCUGCCGUGGCUGCGAGAUCUCCCCAGCGUUGUUUGAGGCCCCUCGAGGCUACAGCGUGCUGGGCGGCCAGCGGGAGGUGGUGGCCCGUGAAGACGACGAUGACUUAUUGCAGUUCGCCAUCCAGCAGAGCCUGCUUGAGGCAGGCAGCGAGUAUGACCAGGUCACCAUCUGGGAGGCACUAACCAACAGCAAGCCGGGCACACACCCUAUGUCCUACGAUGGUCGGCGACAGGACAGGAGCGCUCCACCCACGCCGCAGCGCCAGCCCGGGCCUCCCGCAUCGGUCCCCAGCCCUCGGCCCAGUCCAGGCCCAGGUCGCGGCAGCCACGUGUUCCAGAGCUACGACGAGCAACUGCGGCUGGCCAUGGAGCUGUCUGCGCAGGAGCAGGAGGAGCGGCGGCGGCGCGCGCGCCUCGAGGAGGAGGAGCUGGAGCGCAUCUUGCGGCUCUCACUCACCGAGCAGUAGCGCCCCUGCCGGCCCUUCAGCCACGCCACCAGGGACCCGCCGAAGGCCCCCCAGCAGAGAGACGCUGGGCUCGAGACUGGAGUCACCGCUGAGGGGUGCCAAGGCACACCUGGCAUCAGACACAGAGUGGUUCAGCAGGCGCAGGGCACCUUUCUGGGCCAGAGCCCUGGAGGCAGCUGGCACGUCAGGUCCCCUGCUUAGCUGUAUCUGACCUCCCACCUCUCGUCCUCCCCUGGGCACAGACUGAUCUAAGGACGCAGUCUGCCAUUCCUGAGGGGGAGCGGACCCUCAGGGGAGCAGAGCCCCCAGCCCUUCUCCUUCCGGCCGGCCUUCCAUUCUGCUCACUGAUCCCUCUCUGGGACACUGCCCCUGAAGCCUUUGCAUCUCCGCUCUUCACCCCUGGGGGGGCAGCUGAGCUCCCCACUGCGUGCUGUGUCGCUGCUCUGUCCCAGACACAAGCCAGCACGCCAGGGUCCAGCCCCUCCCCACCCAGGCAUUUCAGCGUCAAGUGCACUUAGCGGGGUGCCCGGCUCCCCCCCCACCCCCUCCUGGGUCUCAGGGUGGCACCAGCCUUUCCGCGGGUGGCCAGAAGUUGGAGACCCUUUCUUCAGGCACACUUUUGUGAUCAGGGAGGGUGUCCAAGUGGCUCCCUGACCUGGAUAAGACCUGGCUCCCUGAAGGUGUCUUGGGAAGCAGGGCAUGUUGGACUGGGGCGCAGACAUAGACUGGACACAGGGGGCGCCCAGGGCCCUGGCACCACCACCGUCCUCCCCUUCCCACCAGCUGCUGCUAGCCCUGUGUGGUUGUGCGCCCACUUGCCUCACCCAGGGCUGACUCUAAACCCCGUUAUCCAAUGGUGCUACCCCCUGGCGGCUCUCCUCUGCCCCACCUCCCCCCAGAGAAGCACAGAUCCCGCUAGGGGCACGGCACACCCUGCCCACGUUCUCCGAGUGACCUUCUGGGUUCGGCCAGUGAGGCUCAGAAGGGACACAAAAAGAAAGAGAGAAAACAAAAGCAACAAAGAGAAAUUCCCCUCACCCCCUUCCUUGAUGCCAGGGGCACCAGAUGUGAUUCCGAGGCACAGAUAAAAGAGGCUUCGAACCCGC